CCGCCUCGGCGCGGCGGCGGGGAGGGCGCGGCGCUGCGGGCCUGCCCCUGCUGCCUGCCCCCGCUGCCUGCCCCCGCGGCCGCUCUCCCGCCGGGCGCCGCGGCGACGGUUACUUAGCGGCUGGCAGCCGGCGGCCGCUCCCUCCUCCCUGCGUCCUUCCUUGCCGCCGCUCUCUCCGCCCGGGGAGCGCUCACACCGAGCGAGCCCGCGACGCGGCCCCGCCAUGACCAAGGAGGCAAAGAAGCCGUUCCGGCAGAGCGUGGCCGAGUGGCGGCAGUUCGUCUACAACCCGGACAGCGGCGAGUUCCUGGGGCGCACGGCCAAGAGCUGGGGUUUGAUCUUACUAUUCUACCUGGUAUUUUAUGGCUUCCUAGCAGCGCUCUUCACAUUCACAAUGUGGGUUAUGCUUCAGACACUGAGCAGUGACAUUCCAAAGUACCGUGACCGGAUUUCUAGUCCAGGGCUUAUGAUUUCACCAAAGCCAGACACUGCACUGGAAUUCUACUUUAACAAGAGUGAUGCCAAUUCAUAUGCACAAUACAUAUCUACACUUAAAAAAUUUCUUGAAACGUAUGAUGAUUCAAAGCAAUCCGAAAAUAUAAACUGUACGCCAGGAAAGGUUUUUGAUCAGAAUGAUGUUGCUGAUAAAAAGGCAUGUCGAUUUAAUCUCUCUGAGCUUGGACAAUGCUCUGGAAAGGAAGAUAAGACCUUUGGCUAUUCUAAAGGAACUCCCUGCGUGCUUGUGAAAAUGAAUAGAAUAAUUGGAUUAAAGCCUGAAGGAGAACCAUAUAUACAGUGUACAUCUAAGACUGCUUGGGGAGCAGUGAAAGCCGUGGAACAAGACAUGGUUGAGAUAAAUUAUUUUCCUCCAGGAGGCUCGAUUGACUUAAUGUACUUUCCAUACUAUGGGAAAAGCUUGCAUGCUCACUAUUUACAGCCUCUAGUGGCUGUUCAACUAGCAAUUAACUCCAACAGUACCAAUGAAGAAAUAGCAAUUGAGUGUAAGAUCCUGGGCUCACCUAAUUUAAAAAAUGAAGAUGAUCGCGACAAGUUUCUGGGACGAAUUGCCUUCAAAGUUCAGAUGACUGAAUAGCAGGAGUAAAAAGUUCUCCACAAAGUAAACGUUGUGUUGUCUGUUUUGUAUCAGCUGGACAUGCCAUUCUAGGAUAUGAGACCACCUUGGAGAAUGUUAAGGUGGCUUAUGGCAUUCAGGGUAGCAUAACAAUAUGCUUCCAAAUCGUAUGUUUAAAAUCCCUCAAAAUAAAUGCCUAUCAUGCUUCUGCCUGCCCCAUUGGAACAGUGUACAGACUAUAGUUAUGUCAUAGGGACCUGUAAAUAGCUGUUUUCAAACACAUAAUAAUGGUGACCUUUGUCCUGUUCUAAAAUGUGGUUUUAUCCCCCAAGUGAGUGUCUCAAGCUUAAUGUGCUGUGCUAUGUAAAUAUUGUAUUGAUUUAACACUGGUUUAACUGUCAUAUCUCAAUGCUGACACAGUUACAGGGAUAAAUAAUAAAUGGUACCUGAUCGA